AUGAGCGCCACAGAGAACGCGAGCCGGGAGCCCAAGGAGGACAUGGCCCCUCGGCGCCUCCUGUUGGUAGGGGAGGGGAAUUUCUCCUUCGCCGCCGCUCUGAGCGAGACCCUGGAUCAGAACACUCGUCUUACCGCCACCUGCCUCCAGCUCCCGGCCGAGUUGGCUCGGGAUCCGGUGGCCCAGGAGAAUCUGCAGUGCCUGCGUGAGCGAGGUAUUGACGUACGUUUCGGCGUCGACUGCACCCAGCUGUCAGAUGUCUUUGAACUGCACGACAGGGAAUUUGAUCAGAUUUAUUUCAACUUUCCGCACUGUGGACGCAAAGCUGGCGUAGCUAAGAACAGGGAACUGCUUGCCAAGUUUUUCCAAAGCUGUGCAGAUAUUCUUGCAGAGGAAGGAGAAGUCCAUGUGGCAUUAUGUAGAGGACAAGGUGGAACUCCUGAGGAUAAGCCCCAGAGAGAAUGGCACAACAGCUGGCAAGUGGUUGCCAUGGCAGCCCUGGGUGGGCUCAUUUUAAGUGACGUGUAUCCAUUCAGCUGUAAAGCUGUGCCAGGGUACAAGUGUACUGGAUAUAGGAGUCAAGAUAAGUCCUUUCAUGUAGAAGGUGCUUUGAACCAUGUCUUCACCAGGAGCUUACCCUUCGAAGAUGCUCAACCCAGAAUCUUCAGGAUCAAACUGGGUAACCAGUGGUUUUCCUUUCGAGAACCAGAAGCACUUUUAGGAAAGUUGAACAGGGGUUUCCUGGAAGCACCUUCAUGUCAUCCUAUCAAAACCAUAAAUGAGAAACUCAUUGAUGAAUUAGGCAAAGCUUUCCCUCUAAAAAGGCUGAAGUGUUCCUUCCCUUUGCUGCCACAGGUAGGUGCCAGUGUUCUUCCUUUCUGGAACUGUGACUUUCUAUCAGCUGCUUUUUGGAUUAGUCUCCAUGAAGAUAACUCAAAUUCGGAGUCCCUGACUGGUGGGGCAUCACAAGAUGUGGAAGACUUUCUAGUGUCAUUUUCAGAACUUAGCCUUCCCAAGAAUCCUGGAAGAGAUGGUAAAGACGAAGCUUGUGAAGGAAUCUGUGGCCAGGCUAAGGUCUGCCUUAGACCUUCUCUCUUAGUUCAUGUUCAGGAUAUUAUCGAAGUACCAGACUUCCUCUCAGGUUCUCUGCACAUCCUCAGUGGACCUGUCUUUCAGAAGUGCCACAUUUUGCCUUUCACAAUGCCAGCAUUUCAUGAGACUUUAUUUAUCCUUGGGUUUAAUAAAAAUCUGAAGGAUGGCUGUCUUCAAUCACUGCUGGAUCAUCUGAAGGGCAUUGUAGAUAGCCUGCUGACUCAGACAUCGCCAGAGAUCUCUAAGCUGAGCAGUUCAGUUGAAUUUGUCCUUCAGUCAAAUGGAAAGGAUUAUAUGAUUUGUGUAAAGACUGAUAAUUUUAGCCCAGAUUGUACUGAGGAUCUAAUUAUUGGGUCUGUUACCACAUCUGCAACAAGCAUUAUACAUAAAGACCGGUGUUUUGUGUUUGUGUCUAUGAACUUGGACUUACUAGCCAUGCUUGUCUGGUGUAUCUCUGACUGGAGAAUGUUGUGGACAUUUGAUAACCGUUUCCUGAAAAAUUUCCUCCCUGGAAAAAUAGAACCCUUUAAAAGUCAUUCUCUGUAUCCUCCAUGUUAUGUCCAUGAUAUUAGUUUUUGGAUAGAUGAGAAGAAAGGAUUUGAUGAACUAGAGUUUCACACUGUGGCCCGAGCAGUGUCCCAGGACACUGUUACAUCCAUACAGUUUCUUAGCCGUUAUCAGCAUCCAAAGACUCAACAGGUCAGUCUCUGCUAUAGAUUGACCUACCAGACCUGUGACAAGGCCCUCACCCAGCAGCAGGUAGCAUCAAUGCAGUCCCAGUUUAGGGCGGAGAUUCAACAACGCCUAUAUGUUACACCUCGGUAGUUUAAAUGCUUUUCUACAGUGUGAUCCUACAUUGCGGGGGAUGUGGAGGAAAAUGACCAACUUCUAACCAGUACUCCUAUCUGGAUUUUUUUUUAAUCUUUUACUUUGUGACCAUAGCCACUGUUGGUUGAUCCUAAAGAUACCUUGACUCUGUCACGUUAACUUAGAGAUUAUAAUGUGAUUGGUGACAUUUGGAGUUGUGCAAUAUUUUGGUCCUGAGAAGUGACUGAAACAAUAAGCAAAACAGCAUUUUGUACUCUAGAUGCUCUGUUGCUGGAGAAGGCUGGAGAACUUAGGAGUCUCAUUAAAUAUACAUGUUUUCCACACUGUGGAUUAUUCUUCCCUCAACUUUCUUGCGUCAUUUCAUUAAAGCACCUUAUGAGAGUUA